AUGCUAAUGCAACCGAAAGGUGUGACAAUUGCCGGCGGCGCAGACCGGGGCUUACAGUGCACGUUUGUCUCUUCGCCAAAUCCCAGGAACUGUACAACCGCAAGAGGAAAGGAACAAAUCGUCGAUGCUGUUCCCAGAAAAUCACCUUUGUCGAAGGAUAAGACCAUUGCCAACAAGACGGCUGAAAACAACACCACGGGCCCCUCCGAGACCUUACAAUAUGUUGGCCUGACUGGAGAUCAGGACCCUUUCAUCCUUCAAUACUGUAAGACAGAUCGAAUCCAACGUAUCGAUGGGAUCCAAUGGACUUGGCAUCGUCUGAGCAAUGAUCCACAACGCCCGGCAAGUUUCACGGCAGUCCCUGACCAGCACCUCGAUGCCCGCCCCAGUUAUUAUCCCCUGACUACUAUUCGUGAAAUGGCGUCGCCUCACGUUGAUCAACUAGUGAACGCUUUCUUUGAGGGGAUUCACCCUGCCCUCCCGAUACUAGAUCCUCAAUCAUUUAGGCACUCGGCCGCACCAUCCACACUUCUCGCAUCCAUUUUUGCGCUCGCACACCCCUAUUGCGUCGAGGCACAAACAUUUGAUCCCUGGGUAUGGAUGGAUUUCAAUAGUCAGGCCCUACCGAUCGAAGCCCGGAACGCCAAACUUGAGACAAUCGAGGCAGCACUUCUGCACGCACAAAGGCAUACGUACAUUUUCCGGGCUCCAACAAUGCCUGGAUUAUGGACUGAUGUGGGCUCGAUCGUAGGCAUGAGCCAGGACGUGGGCCUGAAUAUCGAUGCGACAAAUUGGGAUAUUCCAGAAGACCAGAAAAAAAGGAGAAGGAGACUUUGGUGGGCGGUAUAUAUGCAGGACAAGUGGACAGCUCUUACUCUUGGUCGACCAUCUUAUAUCCAUGAUGAUCAACAUGACGUGGAGCAAGUAGAGGUCACGGAUAUCAUUCCUGAUCCAAAAGCAAGCCCACGCACAGAAUUACUUCCUGCCCAAGUGUUUGUCGCAGCUGCUAGGCUGACUAGUAUACUCGCCGACAUUCUAUCGCAGCUUUACACUGUCAAAGCAGCCAAGAUGCUCCCCACAUUAGGAAUUGAGGAAUGCAGUGACAUUGCCAGUGUGUUCAUAAGUCGACUUCGUCGAUGGAAAGAAGAUUAUCUCACUCCUCUGAUUGGGAACGAUACCAUGCAUGAUCCGACAGCGGAAAUUACUUGGCUCCGGGCAUUACUCCGCACAACUGCUGGCCCUCAGUUUCGGCAACGGUCCGCAGAUCUUAUCUCAAACGUCAUUGACUGGUUGAGGAACCUUCAAGUCAAUUGCCUAUCAGGGUUCUGGUGGAUGAGUUCUAGAAUCAGUUUUGCCGUUGCAGGAGGGUUUAUAAUCGGCAUGUUGCUUUCCGCAGCAGAUGAGGAAGAUAUGGAUUAUUGGACGAAGCAGAUCAACACCUACCGGAACCUACUCAAAGCGCAUUCGGUGAACUUCAAUUUCACCAAGCUAGCAUCUAUCAGAAUCGAUCUUAUUAUCCAGCAAGAUCAUUCUGAAAAUGUCGAAGGGGGCAUGACCCUCAUUCAAAAGCCGCAAACACCAGACACUCAGAAUUUGGUUGGAAGCCAAAUCCAGGAAUCUCCAUCAGUGAUGUGGCCAGAGGCUGAUGUGAAUCCUGGCCCCUUUACAACAAAUCCAUUGCAGGACAGCUUCCCAAUGGAUCCCAUGGUGGCAUUUGGGAACACUUACGGACUGGAAUGGGAAUUUCAUGUUGACUUAAAUGGGCUUUUUACUGAUUAA